UGUUCCUCAUCUUGAACCAUCGUCUAUGAAAUUACAAGACAUGGAGGAUGAAGAUAAGACAGUUGGAUGUCAGGAUUCAAAGCCACCCACAGGGAUCAGUAACACAGCUCCUGCGCAUCAAGGACCACAGGAGGCGAGAGCCGUGAACCUCAAAGGUGUAGAAGGGAAUGAGCCAACAGAAGACAGCAACCUGCUGAACAGUGGUGAAAAAAAGCCCCAGGAAUCGACAACAGAAUCCAGUUGCUUGCAGAGUCUGAGACGAACUCUGGCUUGCCCUCCACAUGGCUCGUUGGGGAAAGUGAUAACAAAUGGUACCAUGGUUGUUCUUCUGUGGGCUGUGGUUUGGUCAGUUACAGGCCCUGAGUGUCUUCCUGGAGGAAAUCUGUUUGGAAUCAUAAUCCUAUUCUACUGCGCUGUCACGGGAGGUAAACUUUUUGGACUCAUUAAGUUGCCAACAUUGCCUCCUCUGCCUCCUCUUCUUGGCAUGCUGCUUGCUGGGUUUCUCUUGAGAAAUGUCCCCAUCGUCAGUGAUAACGUCCAGAUCCAACACAAGUGGUCUUCUUCUUUAAGAAGCAUAGCACUUUCUGUCAUUUUGGUGCGUGCUGGCCUCGGUCUGGACCCAAAGGCGCUGAAGAAACUGAAGGGUGUGUGUGUGCGACUGGCCAUGGGUCCCUGCAUCGUGGAGGCGUGUGCUUCUGCCCUCCUUUCUCACUUCCUGAUGGGCCUGCCUUGGCAGUGGGGGUUCAUACUGGGUUUUGUCCUAGGUGCUGUAUCUCCAGCUGUCGUGGUGCCUUCAAUGCUCCUUUUGCAAGAAGGAGGCUUCGGUGUUGAAAAAGGGGUCCCCACUUUACUCAUGGCUGCUGGCAGCUUUGAUGACAUUUUGGCCAUCACUGGCUUCAACACGUGCUUGGGUGUGGCCUUUUCCACAGGCUCCACAGUUUUCAACAUCUUCAGGGGCAUUUUGGAAGUGGUAAUUGGCGUGGCUACUGGAUCUUUUCUUGGUUUUUUUAUUCAGUACUUUCCAAGCAGUGACCAGGGCAACCUUGCAUGGAAGCGAGCCUUCCUGAUCCUGGGCUUUGCUGUGUUAGCUGUGUUCAGCAGUGUUUAUUUUGGCUUCCCGGGGUCAGGAGGACUGUGUACAUUGGUCAUGGCUUUCCUUUCAGGCAUGAGAUGGAGUGACAAGAAGUCAGAAGUAGAAAAGAUAAUUGCAGUCGCCUGGGACAUUUUCCAGCCCCUUCUGUUUGGCUUGAUUGGAGCAGAAGUAUCUAUUGCAUCCCUCAGACCAGAUACUGUUGGUCUUUGUGUUGCAACCCUCAGCACUGCUGUAUUGAUACGAAUUUUGACUACUUUCCUGAUGGUGUGUUUUGCUGGUUUUAACAUAAAGGAAAAGGUCUUUAUUUCUUUUGCCUGGCUUCCAAAGGCCACGGUCCAGGCUGCCAUUGGGUCUGUAGCUCUGGAUACAGCGCGAUCCCAUGGAGAGAAGCAGUUAGAAGAAUAUGGAAUGGAUGUGUUGACGGUGGCAUUUUUGGCCAUCCUCAUCACAGCACCAAUCGGAAGCCUACUGAUUGGUUUGCUGGGUCCCAGACUUCUUCAGAAAUUUGAACAUCAAAAUGAAGAGGAAGUUCAAGGAGCAUCUUCUGCACACGUUCAGAGGAAGCCUGGGGAUUCCAUUACAGAAGCUUGAUGGACCAAGUUUACCAUCCCAACCCAAAGGUUUUGGCUCACCUUCAACCAGAGCAACUCUAUUUCUCUUUGUUUCAGAUGAAA